GCGUCAUGCUGCGUGAUAAGAAAAUCGUAUAAGAGCUGCUACGCAAGGGAGAGUGGUUAGUCCUUGGCCAACAUCGACACCAGCUGCCGCCUCACCACCCUAAAAAACCGAAUCUCCACCAAAAUGUGUGACGAAGAAGUAGCCGCCCUGGUAGUGGACAAUGGCUCCGGCAUGUGCAAGGCCGGCUUCGCUGGUGAUGACGCACCGCGAGCUGUCUUCCCCUCCAUCGUGGGCCGACCCCGUCAUCAGGGUGUGAUGGUUGGCAUGGGCCAGAAGGACUCGUACGUGGGCGACGAGGCCCAGAGCAAGCGAGGUAUCCUCACCCUGAAAUACCCCAUCGAACACGGUAUCGUCACCAACUGGGACGACAUGGAAAAGAUCUGGCACCACACCUUCUACAACGAGCUCCGCGUCGCUCCCGAGGAACACCCUGUCCUGCUCACCGAGGCUCCCCUCAACCCCAAGGCCAACCGCGAGAAGAUGACGCAGAUUAUGUUCGAGACCUUCAACAGCCCCGCUAUGUACGUAGCCAUCCAGGCUGUGCUUUCUCUGUACGCCUCCGGUCGUACCACGGGUAUCGUGCUUGACUCUGGCGACGGCGUGUCCCACACAGUACCCAUCUACGAGGGAUAUGCACUCCCCCACGCCAUCCAGCGCCUCGACCUCGCUGGACGUGACCUUACAGACUACCUGAUGAAGAUCCUGACCGAGCGCGGCCACACCUUCACGACCACUGCCGAGCGAGAAAUCGUCCGUGACAUCAAGGAAAAGCUGUGUUAUGUUGCACUUGACUUCGAAGAGGAAAUGUCAACUUCCACACAGUCUUCUUCCCUUGAGAAAUCUUACGAGCUCCCUGACGGUCAGGUGAUCACCAUCGGCAACGAAAGGUUCCGCUGCCCCGAGGCCAUGUUCCAGCCUUCCUUCCUUGGCAUGGAAAUGGCUGGCAUCCACGAGACCACUUACAACUCUAUCAUGAAGUGCGAUGUGGACAUCCGUAAGGACCUGUACGCCAACACCGUCCUCUCCGGAGGUACCACCAUGUACCCAGGCAUUGCCGACAGGAUGCAGAAGGAAAUCACUGCCCUCGCCCCCUCCACCAUGAAGAUCAAGAUCAUUGCCCCGCCCGAGCGCAAGUACUCUGUAUGGAUCGGUGGCUCCAUCCUGGCCUCGCUCUCCACCUUCCAGCAGAUGUGGAUUAGCAAGCAGGAAUACGACGAGGCUGGCCCAUCAAUUGUUCACAGGAAGUGCUUCUAAAUUAUUAAUAAUAAUUUCAAUAAUUUAUAUAAUAAACGCUCGAGUAAUGUUAAGGGUAUGGUCCUAUACAAAUAAAUAUUGUUUUAUAUAUCUUGAUGUUUAUUUGCAUCAACACAUUCAGAAAAAUCUGAAGACUAUGUUCUCGCAUUCAACAAGGGAGUCGUAGUGUCUCGAUGACACUAUCUUUAGAGGGAAAAUUAAGACCAUUUAUCUUUAUGAUUUUAAUUGAAAUAAGAAAAUUUAAAUCUAUACUGAACAACAAGAAAAGAAAAUCCAAAUCAA